AUGGGAAGCCGCGUUCACACUGUUGACACGUUUUUCCCUUCACACAAAACCUCGAACCAGAUUUCAACCGACGAUUCUGACAUUCAUUCACCAAUCAUCUCUUUCUUCCAUUCUAUCUGUUAAUUGCAGAAAAGUCAAAACCUUUUUCAUUUUCUCGUUUCUUUUUGAAUUGUUCAGGUCCCAAUGCGUUCACACCUCCGUUCACACAUUACACCGAACAUCUUCGCCGCAAUUCCUUCCUUUUCCUAUAUAGAUAGUAUGAAGCUUCCUUUCCUCCAAAGGAAUUCCGGGUUGUCUGUUUCCACUUGAUUAUAUAUUCGUGGAACCCACAAUUUCUAUCAAAUGAGUUGCAGCAGUAGCCUGCCGACUAACAGGGCCCGGCGGAAGAAGAUCGAUAGCGUCGCCGAACACGUUUCCGGCGACCGGGAUUCGAGCAGCGUGGUCACAGAGGAAGAUAAGCACUCGGCCUUGAAGACCCGUGACGUGAAAGAGAUUCUGACGUCGCUGCUGUUGCUUGAGGAUCAAGAAAAGGAAGAGCAGGAAGCUUUGAGCAGGGAAGACCUCGAAGACAGAGCGCUUCUGGAGGAGAACCGCCGGAAGACCAAUAGCGCGAUGUGGGAAUAUUUGUCCUACGUCCAACACCACGACGAUGCCGUCGAUCAGAUCGACGGGACGAGGAAGAGAAAGGGAAGCUGCAACCUUUCUGCUGCCGCGGCGGCGAUGGCGGCAACGGCAGCCGCCGACGACCAAGAAUCGGACCCCACCACUAGGGGCGAGAAAAACCUGACCUCUCCGCCGCAGAGGCGGCUGUGGGUCAAGAACCGGUCCCAGGAUUGGUGGGACCAAUGCAGCAGUCCGGAUUUCCCGGAGGAGGAAUUCAAGAAAGCCUUCCGAAUGGGGAAAGAGACAUUCGAGAUGAUAUGCAGUGAGCUAAGCUCUGUGGUGGCAAAGGAGAACACCACUCUGAGAGAUGCUGUCCCUGUGAAGCAGAGAGUUGCAGUCUGCAUAUGGAGAUUAGCCACAGGGGAACCACUUCGGCUAGUCUCGAAGAAGUUCGGAUUAGGCAUUUCCACUUGCCAUAAACUCGUUCUCGAGGUCUGUAAUGCAAUCAAAAAUGUUCUGAUGCCUAAAUACAUCCAAUGGCCAGACGAGGAGCGAAUGAGAGGUAUACAAGACGAAUACGAGGGGAUUUCCGGGAUCCAAAACGUCAUAGGAUCGAUGUAUACCACUCAUAUACCCAUCAUCGCUCCUAAGAUCAGCGUCGCGGCUUAUUUCAACAAGAGACACACAGAGAGGAACCAGAAAACAUCCUACUCUAUCACGGUGCAAGGUGUGGUUGACCCGAAAGGCGUGUUCACUGAAGUGUGCAUUGGAUGGCCAGGAUCAAUGUCAGAUGAUCAGGUGUUGGAGAAAUCUGCCAUUUACCAAAGGGCUAAGGAUGGAUUGUUGAGCGGUGUUUGGAUAGUCGGAAACUCGGGUUACCCCUUAAUGGAUUGGGUUCUUGUUCCCUACACACAUCAGCAUCUAACGUGGACACAGCACGCUUUCAAUGAGAAGGUAGGGGAGAUUCAGGGCGUUGCGAAGGCAGCGUUUGCUAGGCUGAAAGGGAGAUGGGGUUGUCUGCAGAAGAGAACUGAGGUUAAGCUCCUGGAUUUGCCUGUUGUGCUUGGGGCGUGUUGCGUGUUGCAUAAUAUAUGCGAAAUGAGGAAUGAAGUGAUCGAUCCAGAGAUCGGGUUCGAGCUGGUUGAUGAUGAAAUGGUUCCUGAUAUUCAGAUCAGAUCAUCUAGUGCAAGGAUGGCUAGGGAUGCCAUUGCUCAUAACCUCCUCCACCAUAACCAUGCUGGCACUUCUUUCCUGUCAUGAUAUGAUCAAAAGGCACAACUUUGUUCUUGCUAAUCCACAAAAAAUCAGAACCCGAGUCAGUAGCAUUUGACAUUUCGAUUUAUCACACUUUUGCUAUGAGAAAACUCGGGGAGAUUGAACGCUUCCAGCCAAAACAAACCUCACCAAACGGGCUCUAAAUUUAACAUAUACGGCGUAUUAGAUUUCAUUAUUUGUUCUUGAUAUGUUAUUCUUUUAUGCUGCUUACAAUAAUUUUAAUCGUUUGAGGUGUAGAUGAGGAUGUUCACCAAUCUGUCAAAGGGGGGUUUGCACUACUGUAAGUAGCAUUUUUUCUUUCUUUCCUAAAGAAGAUUGUUUCUUUUUAUAGGAUAGGAUGAUGAUAAGAUGUUGUGAAUGCAUCUGGCCGGUGAUUGAGAUUCUAUAGUGUUGAUUACUUGAUAUAUAAUACUACUUCCGUGACAUA